CGUGUUCUGUUUACAGUACUGCGGUCGCGUCCAUCAUCAUCACUACGUACUAGGUACGCUCGUUUCCCUGCUCCUACCGUUCAGUAUUAUUAUGUCUCGCACGAUUCGUUGGUGAUGUCCAAAGGCGUGGUGCAUUCGCGUAUUUUCGAAAGCUACUUCGCGUGACGAUUGAUCUCGGAAGUGGCGGUCGACCAACGAUACGCAACAAUGAUUCCGUGUUACGCGACGAUCUAUGUUCUUUCAGUGGCCGUAUUCAGUGUCAAUGCUUUUCAUGCAAAAGAUCCGUUGGCGCAUCACGGAAGAUGUGAACCGAUCACGAUCAACCUAUGCAUGAAUAUUCCGUACAAUGAAACGAUUAUGCCAAAUCUGAUGAACCAUCAAAAGCAAGAAGAAGCUGGCCAAGAAGUUCAUCAAUUUGCACCCUUGGUCAAGAUGAAGUGCAGCCCUGAUCUUCGUUUCUUCUUGUGCACGGUGUACGCGCCUGUAUGCACUAUCAUUGACAGAGCAAUACCUCCGUGUAGAUCGCUAUGCGAGAGUGCUCGAGCAGGGUGUGAACGAUUGAUGAACAGUUUCGGCUUCGCGUGGCCGGACAAUCUCGAUUGUUCUAAGUUACCUGAAAACGGCGGUCCUGAAUUAUGCGUGGGUCACAACGAGACCACACCGCCUGAACCCUCUCCACCGGUUUAUACGCCACCGCUCAUGCCUGUACCCGAAUUUCAACCGUCCUGGACCGGAGGACCAAAACCGUACGGUAGCGGAUUUAUGCUCGGUGCCAGAGAUUUUGGUUUUGUUUGUCCAAUGCAGUUCAAGGUCCCGCAUGAACUUGGUUACUCGCUGAAGGUCGGCGACAAAGUUGAGCUUAAUUGCGGCGCUCCUUGUGAUGGAAUGUUUUUCACCGAAAGGGAACGACGAUUUUCAAGGAUCUGGGUUGGCACUUGGGCCUCCAUUUGUGCAGCUUCUUGUUUUUUCACUUUCUUGACGUUUCUUAUUGACACAGAUAGGUUCAGGUAUCCCGAAAGGCCAAUCAUUUUUUUGUCAGUAUGUUACCUUAUGGUAGCAUUGGCAUAUGUGAUUGGUUGGGCAGCUGGCAAUUCCAUUGCCUGCAGAGAGCCUUUUCCACCUCCUUUAGAUAUGAGAAUUCAAAUGGCAUCAACAAUAUCCCAAGGUACCAAGCAUGAAUUGUGUACAGUACUUUUCAUGGUGCUUUACUUUUUUGGGAUGGCAUCCAGUAUCUGGUGGGUCAUCUUAACAUUGACAUGGUUCCUAGCUGCUGGGUUAAAAUGGGGCCACGAAGCAAUAGAAGCUAAUUCACAGUAUUUUCAUUUAGCAGCUUGGGCUGCUCCAGCAAUAAAAACAGUUACUAUCCUUGCAUUGGGAAAGGUAGAAGGAGAUAUAUUGUCUGGUGUUUGUUAUGUGGGCCUCUGGAAUGUUGAGGCUCUACGCGGGUUUGUUUUGGCACCAUUAUGCGUUUAUCUAAUUCUCGGAACUGCCUUCUUAUUGGCUGGAUUUGUUUCUCUUUUCCGUAUACGCACUGUUAUGAAGCACGAUGGUACAAAGACUGACAAACUAGAAAAAUUAAUGAUACGUAUUGGCAUAUUUUCUGUGUUAUACAUAGUUCCUGCAUUGAUUGUCAUUGCUUGCUUAUUUUAUGAGCAAGCAUAUUUUGAUCAGUGGAUGUUGACUUGGAACAUGGAGAUGUGUUCAAGGCCUGGACCACAAUCUUUAUAUUCGAUGCCAUGUCCAGUUGGAGAGCGUACCCGCGAUGUCGGAAGGCGGCCAGAAUUUGAGGUUUUCAUGAUAAAAUAUUUAAUGGCUAUGAUUGUUGGUAUAACAAGUAGCUUUUGGGUGUGGUCAAGUAAAACAUUGACUAGUUGGCGACAAUUUUUCAAUCACAUACAAGGACGUCGUGCUGAGGCAUACGUUUAAAGACUUGACUAGUUUUAUGCAACAAAAAUGGAAAAAUUUUGCCUUUCUAAUUGAAUAUCACGCUCAAAUAAUACAUAAUCAAAUUAAAGUGGAAAAAUAUACAUUUUGUUGCAUCUGAAAUUAUUCAAUUUAUAUAAUGUAAUGUUACUAAAUUUGAUUUAGUAGGAAGAGAUCCGAAUGAUGCAUUCGAUGAAAUAUGCAUUUUUAUAUUAUUUUUGUAUCUUAUCAGUGCAUUAUAAAGAGUAACAAGAAUUAUACAAAUGUACUGUGCCAAAAUAUUUUUUUAUCGAGAUGAUUGUAUGCUUCUUUAAGAUAUUUGUGAAUCUUUCUAUUGUAUUUUUAUGAGAGUUGCGUAAGAUCUGUAUAAAAUGUUAGAACUAAUCAUUGCUUAGUUUACAAGUAUUAUUAGAUGAUUUUUGCAUCAUAUUUUAAGUAAUAAAUUCUUCCUGUUUGCAUUAAUAGAACUCAUAAUUCAUCACAACACAAUAGCUCAUCAUUUAAAUCGUUUAUAAAUGCUCUGAAGAAAAUGUGUUCAAUGUUUAUAAGUGCACUGUUCUAAUAUGCAUAAAAAACAAUAGGUACUAUUAUGUGUCAUUGUAGCUUCAAACCUCCCUUUUUAGGUUUGAUCAAUAAAUUGAGAACAAUUACGCUUACUAAACUCGCGAACAACUUUUAUACUUUAAAGAAACAGUUUGAGAAAUAUUUUACAAUAUUUAAUUAAGACCUACGAAAUAUUCAAAAUUUUUCUACUCUUAACAUUGAGCAAUUUUAUUAAUGAUCUUCUUAGGUUUCUUUUUUGUUAUUGCAUUUAAAAAAAGUUUGCCAUUGUAGAAAACAAUUGAGGCAAGCAUAACUUUGAAAUAUAUAAAAUUACAUAAAUUGUAAGAUGUGUAUUACUCUAGGUUAACUGCAUUGUAUAUAUACUUAUACACGUUAAUUUUACUAUGUACUAUAAUAUAUUUUUCAGAAGUUAUGUACAUAAACAUGUUUGCCAAGUGA